AUGGCAAAUGAAACGCAAGUCCUGCUCUCCCCGCUGAAAGGGGGGCAUCCUCCAGCAGUUAAAGCUGGUGGAAUGCGAAUUUCAAAAAAACAAGAAAUUGGAGUCUUGGAGAGACAUACCAAAAAGACAGGAUUAGAGAAAACAAGUGUCUUUGCAAAUGUUGCCAGAAUACAGAUGAUGGAUGGCCUGAAUGACACUUUGGAGAAGCUCAGCCAUAAAUCCCCAACAUCAGUACAUAUGGCACAUCAAAAACCCAGACCUGCCCUGGAGAAGGUUGCUCCACUAAAAAGGAUCUACAUUAUUCAGCAGCCUCGGAAAUGUUAA